AUGGCAUCCCGCGGCUCACUCACCUCACCGCCAACCAACCCCACCACCACCAAUACCACCAGGACCAACGCUGCCAAUAACAACAACCACGCGCGGGAAAGCUUGUUGAGCCGCAAGAAGAAGGAAAUUGUGGACAGAUCUAUGGCUCUCUUUCAGCUGUCUCUGGAUCGAUGUCUUGAAAACUCAGCCGCUGCUGCCGUUUCUUCUGGCCUCCCCGCCACCGCCCCCGGCGGGGCCGCCGGUGUUGGCGUGGUGGGGGGGAGGAGGAGGGUAAAGAGGGGUCGGGAGGAGGAUGAGUUUGAUGAGCAGGGUGGAAGUGUAGGUGAUGUGAAAGGGGAUGUGGUGGGUGGGAAGACCAAGAAGAAGAGGGAGAAUCCGAAGGAGGCUAUAAAGGGCGGGAAGAAGUUUGCUUGUCCGUUUUGCAAGCAUGAUCCGGGCAAGUAUAAGAGUAUCAAGACUUGUUGUGGGCCGGGCUGGGAUGAUGUUCAUCGGGUUAAGGAACACAUCUACCGCCGACACUCGUGGAAGAGUUUCUGCCCGCGCUGCUUUGAGCACUUUGAUAAGCCCGAGUCGCUCAAGAGUCAUCAGCGCGCCAACGUCCCCUGCAAGCUGAGGGAGAGAGCCCCGGACGCGAUUACCGAGGAGCAGGAGAAGCUGCUCCGCGCCCGAGCCAAGUCACACUGCUCUGAAGAGAUGAAGUGGAAGGAUAUGUACCGGAUUAUCUUUCCGGACGAGAAGGUUCCGUCGCCGUACUACGAAACAGAAACAGGCGGUUCGCACAAGGCCGGAAAAUCCCGCUUCCAGAGCGUGGACGAGGCCAAGGAGUUCCUGCGCACCGAGAUCCCACGCCUCGUCCGGCCCGAAAUCGAACAGUACGUCACCACGCUCCUCGAGGAGGUGCAGGAGAAGGUGCACCAGAGGACGGCCGAUAUCAUCCGCAACGUCGAGACGAAGGUGCUCAUGACGUUUCAUUUCCAGGAGGAGCAGGCAUCGGCUGCUGCUGCUACCAGUGCUGUGCCUGGCCUCGGCCGUGGUUCGACCGAGCCCAGCCCGCUGCCGAGUCCAGCUGCUGUUGGCCCAGAGAUGUCGUCCAGACUUGAGCAGCUCCUUGAGGAGUACAAGGACGAUCAAUAUGUUAGUGAGCUGUGCAGUAACGUGCAGUUGGACCUGGAGGACUUUUUUGCGGGGAAUCAGGAGUUUGGCGGGUGUGACGGGUUCAGCCAGGAUUCGGCUUACUGGACGUCGUCGUCCAAUGGUGGGCAGGGGUCGUAUUCUGUGGACGGUGAGGCUUACGUGCACCGGUAUUGA